UUUCCCCUCCCUUUGAAAAAGAGCAGAGCCAGAGCUGACAGCGGCAAAGGAGGCUGAAAGAAGAGCAGGACGGUGACUCCAGGUCUCUUGGAAGAAGCAAAUGCAGCGUGGCUUCAACAGCUCAGCAUCCUUAUAGUCUCUGUUGCAGCCCAUGCCCUGGAGAAGGGGGCAAGUCCUUCCUAAGGAAAAUACAAAAAACAUACGAAGCCAUCUGCAGAUAACUGUGGGUGGAAAUGCUCUGGAAAGGCAGCUCCAAAGAGCAUUCGUAGCAAGAGCUGCAGUGAAUCAGGAUCAUAGUGAACCACUGGCCAGCUGUAGAUUUCCCUGGAGGCAUCCUACUACCAGCUCAUUCCUCAUGACUGCUCCACCAUGCCUGCUUGGGACUAGGUGAUGAAGAUGGAGGUUCUGCGCCGCUCUUCUGUCUUUGCUGCAGAAGUCAUGGAAGUGUUUGAUCGGACUCCUACAGACAAGGAGCUUGUAUCGCAGGCCAAAGUGCUCUGCAGAGACUUCAUUCAUUCCAGGCUGAUUCGGGCUGGAAUUGGCUGGAACAAGCCUGAGCAAAGCACACCUGUUCCUGGUGGCAAGUUAGCAGAAGUGUCCAACAUACUUCUAAGAUUAGGCGAUGAGCUGGAGUACAUCAGGCCCAACCUGUACCGGAACGUGGCACGGCAGCUAAACAUCUCGCUGCACUCGGAAACCGUGGUAACAGAUGCCUUCCUGGCAGUGGCAACUCAGAUCUUUACUUCAGGCAUAACGUGGGGUAAAGUAGUGUCUCUCUAUGCCGUGGCAGCAGGCCUUGCUGUGGACUGUGUAAGACACGCCCAGCCAGCCAUGGUCCAUACCAUUGUGGAUUGCCUGGGAGAAUUUGUACGCAAGACUUUGGUGACGUGGAUGAAGAGGAGAGGAGGCUGGACACAGCUGGCACAGAGAAGGGGAAGAAAUGAGAUGAUGAAGAGACGGGCUGGGCAAAUGUACAUUCCACUUGUCUGGCUUUCCCAGCUGCCUCAGUGCAAAGACUCUUUCUUCAGCAAUGGGGAACAUUUCUCCUGAUCACUUCUUACAGCCAAGUGCCCUUUGUGCUUUCUAAGUGGCUGGGGUUCUUUACAUAAGCUUGGGAGGCUGUUGGACUUGCCAUUCAGUUAUUUAUUCUUUUCCUCCCGUUCAAAUUGUGUCACAUUUUUGAAUGCAUACACACUUAAGAAAUCCUACUUGGAGUUGCUAUUAAGAAGCAAGCUGUCCCCUUCAUUUGCAAAAUGACAACGGCUCCUUUGUUGUUUAGUCAGUCAGUAGAUUCUUCCCCUCUUCCCUAAACUUGGUGUCCUCGAGCCCCUGGCUAAUGUUGUAAGAUGGAUGUUUUCUGUAACCACCUGAAAUAUGCAGUUGUCAUAAGUCACUACAGCUCUGUCAGCCUCUGCCUGAGAGGGAUUUUCAGCAUGGAUAACAUAACUACCUGCUACAUACCGGUAGUUCUAGUUACAGGUAGGCAGCCGCAUUGGUCUACCAUAGUCGAAACAAAAUUUAAAAAAUUCCUUCCAGUAGCACCUUAGAGACCAACUAAGAUUGUUAUUGGUAUGAGCUUUCGUGUGCAUGAAGGUAUCUGAAGAAGUGUGCAUGCACACAAAAGCUUAUACCAAUAACAAACGUAGUUGGUCUCUAAGGUACUACUGGAAGGAAUUUUUUAUUUUGUUUUUACCUGCUGCAUGUUAAAAUUUGCUUACAUGAGGGAAGUAAGACCAAAAAUAAAUAAAAACAUUGCUGAAAAAAAAUUGGGCAGGGCCACAGAUUUUCCACCCUCCAUUUAAGAGGAAGAAAAAUUCAGAGAUGUUUAACUGCAGCAACUUUUGGAGUUUUCUAACCACAAUUUCUGUUCUGUCCAAAACAUGAAGUUAAUGUGGAAUGCAGGCAAUCCCAUGAGCAUGUUGUAUCUUAUGAGGGGAGCAAAAAGAGACAUCAAUAAAUUGUAUCAACUGUGUGUUUAUCAUGUACAGUGUGUGACUAUUGUUACUGUUGUGGCAAAAUUAAUGCCAAAUGAAUAUUUUGUUGCAUGAUCAGUAUGCAUAUAUAUCUUUUAUGCCCAUUCAAUGGCCAUUCUUUAACUCCACGAAUCCUGGACACUGCAUUUUAACCCCUCAAAUAGUUACAAUUUCCAGCAACCCUAGCGCCCAGGGUUUGCGGGAAAGAUUGUGCUUCGAACGUGCUUUAAAAGUAUAAUGCGUACUACACAGCCUUGGCAAAGUAAGGUCACAUCAGUUCUGAAGUCUGGGUGGGGAAGCUGGCUUUGCAGUCCAAAAGGAACUUUGGAAAGGAGAACUGAUUUAACAGAUCCAUCCCCUGCCCACACUCCCUUGUGCACAUAAAGCUGUUGCAUGCGCUUCUAGAAAUGGGAAAAGCAGAAGUAGGAGAGGCAGAGACAUGAUUCAGCCAUAAUCCACAGCAUGGGGACUCUGACAUUUCCCUUCCAUGAGGGCCAUGACCUCCCGGUGACAUCUUACCAUGGAUGUGUUGUAGGAGUUCCAUGUCACCUCUUGCAGGAGCAGGAAAAGAGUCAUUCAGUCUUUUCAUUCUUUACAUACCUGAAAAGGGUAAAAUUGAGGUAUGCUACUAAUCCUCUCGUCUGGCUCAUGCUGUUGUCCUCAUUAAUUCUCAGGGAGAAAGUUCACAGACAACAUACCAAGCUGCAUCUCCUCUCCCCUGAUGUUGUAUGUGUAGGUCACCGGCUAUAGGGCUUGUCCCAGCUCACCCCCUGCCACACGAGAGAGGGGUGGAGGUAGAUAGGAGAAGCACACUCUCAGACCUCCUAUUCCUUGUAAAGACCUUGUCAGCUAGGUGCUCAGUUACUGGGAGGGAGGGGCUCUGCCAAGUCCUAUGGGGAUCUAUUUGCAAAUGGCUGCUGUGCUUGCAUAACAGAUCAUGCUCACAUUAUUGUUAUAAGUUUGGAGAGGGCAAGGAUCCCCUAAACUCCUGGGUGCUAAUCCCCCCCAUAAUUCCUGGAUUUAGUCAAAGUUAGAAUUAAUCAAGGACUGAUUAAACUCUGCUGGAUUCUGUCUGGCAUAGCUAAUAGAGGGUGGGUCACUGGAGGAACAAAGCUAAUAAUCGUCAAACUA